AUGAGCAGUGCCAGUAAUGCACUGGCACGUGAAUUUUUGUCGGAUGUCAGCCACCUUUGCAAUGCCGUGGACCAAAGGGCAGAGGCCAGGGAGGAAGAAGAGGAGAAAACGCACAUAGAAGCACUUGGACAGUACCUUGUCCAAGGUCGUGGAUUUAUUUUGCUUACUAAACUUAAUUCCAUCAUCGAUCAGGAGUUGACCUGUCGAGAAGACCUUCUUACUCUCCUCCUCUCUCUUCUGCCACUAGUAUGGAAAAUACCUGUACAAGAAGAAAAGGCAAUAGAUUUUAAUCUGCCCUUUUCUGCCGAUAUAUGCUUGACCAAAGAGACAAAUCCAAGUUCUCUGAAAUUUGCUCAGGAAAAACAAAGUGUAGAAGAAAGCUGUCAUCUAUCCACUCAGGCUUCUUUAAAAUUAAACUCUUCCCGAAAAAGCAGACGUCAGCACAAAACCACCCAUCGCUAUUCUGUGAGGCAUGCCAGGAAAUCCCAGCUCUCCACCUCUGAUUCAGAGGGCAAUUCAGAUGAGAAGACUUCUGCAAUGGCUAAGCAUAGAAGGUCCCAAUUCCUGCAGCCUUUUCUAACAAACCCACCUAAGGAACAAUACAUUGCCUGCAGGGGUAGUUUUUCAGAAGCCGAGGAGGCCCAGAAUUCUAAUAAAAAAAAUGUAGAAGACUCCAAACAGAUCAUUCCAGUUCAAGAAACCAGUUCUGAAAUUUUGAGUGACCCAGCUGCAUCACUGGCUGGCAGCUGUGAGAACUCUCCCUUUGACCUGUGUCACAUCUUGUUGUCAUUGCUGGAAAAAAUAUGUAGGUUUGAUACUGCCUUGAACCACAAGCCUGCGCUGGCAGCAAAUGUCAUAUCCACAUUAACAGAACUCUUGUCCAAACUUGCAGACUGUUACAAUGCAAGCUGUGCCGCAGAAAACGAACUUGUUUCCCCGAGCUGGACCGAGGAACCGGUUGCUCUGGUCCAGAGGAUGCUUUUUAGGACUGUGUUGCAUCUUAUGGCUGUAGAUGUUAGCAAUGCCGAGACGAUGCCUGGCAAUUUGAGAAAAAACCUUAUUGAUUUACUUAAAGCAGCUUUAAAAACUAAAUGUUUGCUGGAAAAACAGCGUGGUCCCAUUGCUCCGAAACAAAGGAGGCCUUCACAGAAGGGGGGUUGGGAUGACUGUGUGUUUUCAAGGUAUUGUCACAGAGCCCUGCUUGUGCCCGAGUGCGUAGAAGGAGUUCUGCAGAUUUUGAUCUGCUGUCUUCAGAGUGCAGCUUCCAACCCACUUUAUUUUAGUCAAGCGAUGGAUCUGGUUCACGACUUCAUACAACACCAGGGGUUCAAACUGUUUGAAAGCGCAGUGCUGCAGAUGGAAAGGCUGGUCGCUGGCAGCUCUGAGGCUCACCCAGGGGUGCCAGAUUACCUCCGAGCCCUGAUCAGCAGCAUCAUGAAAAUAAUAAGCACCAUCAAAAAAGUGAAGUCCGAACAACUUCAUCAGUCUGUGUGCACAAGGAAACGACACCGGCGAUGCGAGUAUUCUCACUUCAUGCAUCACCACAGAGACCUCUCGGGGCUGCCGGUUUCUGCCUUUAAAAACCAGGUCUCUAAGAACCCGUUUGAGGAAAUGGCAGAUGGGGAAGUUCAUUACCCUGACAGGUGCUGCUGCAUUGCUGUUUGUGCUCAUCAGUGUCUCCGUCUGCUGGAACAAGCGUCUCUUGGCAGCACAUGUUUCCAGCUCUUAUCCGGUGUCCAUAGUGUUGGGAUAUGUUGUUGCAUGGACCCCAAGUCUGUAAUUGUCCCCUUGCUGCACUCUUUCAAGUUACAGUGCUUAAAAAACUUUCAGCCACACAUAUUAACCGUCCUCCAUAAGUUUAUAUUGGACCAACUGGGUGGAGCGGAAGUUCCUCAGAAACUGACGCAGGCCUCCUGCAACAUUUGUACCAUUGACUGUGACCAGAUUGCUGAACUAGAUGACGUCCUGCAGGGGAAUGCUGCUGAUGUUGUACCCGCAUCAAAUUUUUCAGCUCCACGUAGGUUUCAAGGAAUUUUGCCUAGCAGAGGAUCUGAGGACAUGUUGCUCAAAUGGGACGCCUUGGAGACAUACCAAAGCCUUGUCUUUGAAGAAGACGACAAGCUGCGUUCCAUGCAGAUAGCUAGUCACGUUUGCAGUUUGAUCCAAAAAGGCAACCAAGUGAUUCAGUGGAAACUGUACAAUUAUAUAUUCAACCCAGUGCUCCAGAGAGGUGUUGAAUUAACUCAUUACUCCCAGCAGCUGGGUGUUGCUACAGCCCUCAGUCAGAUGGGCAGCUGCCACAGAAGGUGUUUGCCACCGGAAGUGCUCCAGAUCUAUUUACAGACUCUACCUGCACUGUUUAAAUCCAGAAUCAUACGAGAGUUGUUCUUAAACUGCAAUGGAGUGAAUCAAAUGACUGAAUUAAAUUACUUGGAUUGUGUACGAAGUUAUUCCUUGAAAGCAUUUGAAACAUUAAUAUUUUGUCUUGGAGAUGAGCAGAUUGACCAAGUGAUGCCUGAUCUAGAUAGCUUAGACAGUGAACAAAAUAAGUCUGCUUUAGAUGUCAGUGUUUUGGUUCGUAGGCAGCAAGCCACUUCAGAUGUGCCUCAAAGCUUGAGCAAAUUUUAUGCUUGCCUCAAAGAAGAUUAUCCAAAGAAGAAGAAAUCAGUCAGUUCUGACGUACACAUCAACAUGAUAAACAUAUUUCUCUGUGUAGCUUUUUUGUGUGUCAGUAAGGAGGCAGAUGCUGAUCGAGAUUCAGCUAAUGACUCUGAAGAUACAUCAGGUUAUGAUAGUACUGCUAGUGAACCUCUGAGCCACAGGCUGCCGUGCCUGUCUCCAGAGAGUCUUACUUUGCCUUCCUCAGAACAUAUCCACAGGGCAGCAGAUAUUUGGUCAAUGUGUUGUUGGAUUUAUCUGUGCAGCUCUGUUUUCCAAAGACAGUUCCAUAGACUUGGUGGCUUUGAAGUAUGUCAUAGAUUAAUAGCCAUGAUUAUUCAGGAACUUGCCAAAAAAGGAGCAAAGGAACAAGGGGAACAACCUUCCAGUGGAAGUGGGAAAUAUUUAACUGAGGAUUCCUAUGCUGAGCCUUCUGUCAGAAAUGUCUCCUCACACCUGAUUCUGAGCAAAGAGGUGAACCAAUCAGAUCGUGACAGUCUUGAUGUGAAUCUUGAGAAUGGAAGACAGCCUCAGUGGGUUUCCUGCGACCAGCCGAGCGCAGAACAAAUGUCAACUGAUGGCCCUGCAGAAUCAAAAAAGGCUUUAUCGCAGGAUAGUGAAUGGUCACUCCAGGGUAUAAGACUUCUGGAAGCUCUGCUAGCAAUUUGUUUACACAGUGCAAAUAACUUCCAGCAGAAGACAGAAACGGAGUUUCUUCUCCAGAAUGUUAGUGUGGAGGACAUAUUACUUGAAAUGAGGGACCAGCUUGCAAAAUCUAAAAUAAUGGAUACUGAACUGGUGAAACCCUUGUUUGAUUCAUUGCUUCGAGUUGCACUGGGAACAUGUUUUGCUGAUCUGGAUCAUUCUGAAGAGAAAAAGGAAAAGGUUCAUCAGACUGAAAAGGAGCCCGCACCUCAGCCAGGUGACUUAUCUGAAGAAGCUGAAGAAUCACAGUGCUGCAGCUUUAACAUUUUUGCUGAGGAGGAGGGUUAUGAUGCAGACAGUGAAAGCAAUCCUGAUGACAGUGAAAGCAAGGACGAAGAAACAGACAUUAAGACAGAAAAAGGGUCAUUUGGUUUUUCCAGUUUUCGCAGUGACGUAUCUGAAAACCUUGCCCAAGGGGAACUAAUAUACCCUGAAAUCUGCAUGUUGGAAUUACAGUUACUCACUGUUGGCAGCCCAAGCCUAGACGUACUCACCCAUGUCUUCCAGAGUUUCUUGAAAGUAAUCAAGCUGAAGGAAAAAAAUGCAACAUUACUUAUGCAGCAGGGAGCUGUGAAGAGUCUCUUGGGAGGAUUCCACCACAUUUUGACACAGAUCGAUUCCAGCUUUCAGGUGUGCCAGGAAGUAUUGGUAGAUCUGCUGGUAUCUCUGAUGAGCUCAAGAACAUGUUCAGAAGAGCUAUCCCUUCUCUUAAGGAUCUUUUUAGAAAAAUCGCCAUCUACGGCCACGCUGCUUAAAGGAUUUAUGAAGAUUUUGGAUGCAAAUACUGAGAUGAGGCCUUUACAACAAAUUUCCUUUCCUUUCCAUCAUAUACCCACUUUAGGUAGCAGCCCUUUGCAAAAAUCCACUCUUGCUCCCAACAGCAAGACCCCAAGUGGACUAAGAAGAGCAAAGUUUGCGCAGACAAAAAAGGAAGGAGAUGGUGAGAGCUUACCUCAUCAUCUUCUUUCUUCCUGGCACGUUGCUCCAAUCCAGCUGCCAUUGGUUGGGCAAAACUGUUGGCCACACAUGUCAGAUGGCUUUAGCAUCUCAUUAUGGUUUUAUGUGGAAUGUGUUCAGGAAGCACACAGUCUCUCAGAGAAAGCAAAAAGGAUAAAACGGAGGAGCAGGUCACUCAUUUCACAUGAUAGCAGUUUUGAUGAUACAGAAGAAAACAAAUCUGGAGUGGAUUACCUCAGUUUGGGAGACAAGCUUCUUGAAGAUGGCUGCCUUCACAUAUUUUCGUUGGGUUCCAAAGCACUGAUGAUACAAGUGUGGGCUAACGUGAACACAGGAGCAUUCAUAUUUCGUAUGUGUAUGGAUCCAAAUGACGAAAUGAAAGCAGGGCUGCUAGCACAAGAUGAAACAUCUGAGAGUACUUUUCUUCUAGGCAAGUGGCAACAUUUGGCUUUGACUUACUUAGAACAGCCCGAAAGCAAGAAGAAUAUCCAUGGAACGCUGUCUCUAUGGAUUUCUGGUCAGAGAAAACCUGAAAUUAGUUUAGAUUAUACACUUCCAAGGAAAACAAGUCUAUCAUCUGACAGUAAUAAGACAUUCUAUAUGACUGGCCAUUAUACAUCAUCCCAAGAUGAAUUCUUGCGAUUGCCCGGGAGAUGGGACCUGGGAAAUCUUCUUCUCUUUAAUGGCGCAAAAAUUGGUUCAGAAGAGGCUUUUUAUCUCUAUGCUUGUGGACCAGACUUCACCUCUGUAAUGCCUUGUAAAUAUGGCAACGCAAUCACUGAUUAUUCGAAAUACAUAGAUAAAGAGAUUCUGCAAUGUGAACAGCUUAAAGAAUUCUUAAUGACAAAGAGGGUGGUGGAUACAGGACCGUUAAUUGAGAGUCUUGCUGCUGUUUACACCUCACGCUGCCCUGGCCACUACACAAUCUAUGAGCCAGUAAUCAGACUUAAAGGUCAAGCAAAAACGAUACCUUCCCAACGACCUUUCAGUUCAAAAGAAGUACACAGCAAUUUGACAGAUCCUCAUUAUCUCAAAAUGCUACAGCCAGCUGAAUACAAAGGUCUUCAGGGAAUACUGCAUGAGAUUGGUGGAACUGGGGCAUUUGUCUUCCUUUUUGCCAGGGUUGUAGAGAUCAGCAACUGUGAAGAGACACAAGCUUUGGCUCUAAAAGUAAUACUUGCCUUAACAAAGCACAAUCAACAGAGAAUACACGAGUUAGAAAACUGCAACGGUUACUCAAUGAUUCAUCAGGUGUUGAUAAAACCCAAGUGCAUUGUUGGAGUUCAUGUUUUACAGACUCUCCUUGCAGGAUGCUGCAACGAGAACAUAAUUUAUCUAAAUGACAAUGGAGAAGUUACACUUGAUGUAGAGACUACAGCAAUAAUCCAAGAUGUUAAACUGUUGGAAGAGUUAUUACUUGAUUGGAAGAUAUGGUCUAAAGCCCGGCAAGGUGUUUGGAAAACACUCCUAUCAGCUCUAGAAAUACUUAUCCAAGAUAAUCACUGGCAACAGAUGUUUAAUAUUAAACAACUUCUAAAAGCUCGGGUGGUGCAUCACUUCUUGCUGACAUGUCAGGUGUUGCAGGAGCACAAAGAGGAAAAUUUCACAUCUAUACCUAUCGAGAUUUGCACAUCGUUUGUGAAAAUAAUUGAAGAAGUGCUUGGCUCUCCCCCAGAUCUGGAAUUGCUGACAUUGAUCUUCAACUUCCUCUUAGCAGUUCACCCUCCUACUAAUACAUAUGUUUGUCACAAUCCCACAAACUUCUACUUUUCCCUGCACAUAGAUGGCAAAAUUUUCCAAGAGAAGGUUCAAUCAAUCAUGUAUCUGAGAAAUUCCAGCAGUGGUGGAAAGUCUAUUGACAGCCCAACAUUGGCCAUUACAAGUCCAACAGGAUUUUCUGCUGCACCACAAGACGGAAAUGACUCUUCUGAAGUAAGCGAACCUCAGAUAACAGAUGCUCAGACACCUGAACGGCACUGUAAAAGCCUGCCAGCAUCUCCUACUUCCUCUCCACAAAGGCAUCCAAAAGGGUUCAGUGGAAAUUUGGGAAGGAGUGUGGAGAACUUGCAAGUCGUUAGAGAGACUGAUCCAGUUGAGCCCCUGGAACAAAGUCAUGUUUGGAGAAACUCUGAGGUCUUUAGAAGAAUGCAGGAGGAGCAUUUGAUCAGUAGCUGUGAGUCAGCAAAAACAGUAGUUGAUUUGGAAGAGAGAACUUCUGCAGAGACGCAUGAUAUUCCAAAGGAAGAAGAGGAAAUAUUAAAUAAAACCUCUGAAAUCCAAGAAGCAAAACAGGAAAUGAAACAUAAGGAAGAUGGUGCUGCUCUUGAGAAAUCACUGAGGCGUCCCAAUGAUCUAAAGGGAUUGUCUCCCUUUCAGAAAAAUAGCAAUUUGGCAGGCUUGGGAUUAGCCUUUUCUUUUCAGGGUGGAUCCACUAUUGCUCGUUGGCCAAGUCUUGCUGAUAAGAGCUUGCCUACUGAAGAGUGGGAACAUCUUACCUUUCCUUCAGCUGGAAGGGCACCUCAAAAAUCUGAGAAUGAUUCUGACAGAUCAACAGAAGAUUGUCUUGUACUCAUAUGUUGUGGCCUGUAUCACCUCUUACAUGGAGUUCUCUUAAUCCUGCCAGAUGUCAUGCUUCAAGAUGUUAUGGACAAGCUUAUUCAUCCAGAUGUUCUUAUAGUUCUUGUAAAUCACCCAUCUUCUCUUAUACAACAAGGAGUCAUUAAACUUUUGGAUGCAUACUUCCACAGAGCAACCAGGGAACAAAAGGAGAAGUUUCUGAAGAAUCGAGGUUUCUCAUUGUUAGCUAACCAGUUGUAUCUUCACCAAGGCACUCGGGAACUUACAGAAUGCUUUAUGGAAAUGCUGUUUGGUCGACCAGUUGGCCUUGAUGAAGACUUUGAUCCAGAAGAUGUGAAAAAUGCCGGACUCUUUCAAAAGUGGUGUGUGAUUCCUGUUCUGGGUCUUCUAGAGAAUUCCCUCUACGACAGCAUCCUGCUACAUAAUUCCUUCUGCUUGGUGCUGCAGAUCAUAAAUUCCUGCUCUAAAGUGGCAGAUAUGCUGCUUGAUAAUGGCUUUCUAUAUGCCCUGUGUAAUACAUUAGCAGCCCUUAAUGGAUUAGAGACCAGCAUCCUCUCAAGUGACUACAGGCUACUUGUGUGUGAUAUACAGCAACUGUUUGUAACAGUGACGAUCCAUGCCUGCAGCUCUUCUGGUUCCCAGUAUUUUCGAAUUAUUGAAGAUCUCAUGGUGUUACUCGGAUAUCUUCAGAACAGCAAAAAUAAACAAACUCAGAAUAUGGCAGUUGCUUUGCAGUUCAGAGUUCUUCAAGCUGCCAUCGAGUUCAUAAAAACUACAGCAAAUCAAGUUACAGAGGAUCUGAGCAGUUCAUUCCAUUCACCUAUUUCGCAUCACCAGGCUAUAUUUCAAAAACGUAAAAGCAUUGCAGGUAGAAAAUUUUCCCUCGCACAGUCAGACUCGCUGCUAAUGAGGAUGCGUAUGCUUGCGAGCGAUGAACUCAGUUUAAUGAUGCAAAGGAGAAUGAGUCAAGAGAACCCUAUCCGUGCCACUGAAGCAGAACUUAUGCAGAGGUUACAGAGACUUACUGUUCUGGCAGCCAACAGGUUCAUGUAUCAAGAGCUUACUGAAGAUUGCUUUGAUAUGCUAGAAAUGUCAGAAGCUCCUGUCCAGGACAGAAUCCCAGUUUCACAGACAGAACAGACUGACGAAGUAUACCAGCAGGAACUGCCAGAAAAUAAAAAUCCUUUCCUGCAAGAAAUGUUUAAAAUAAUGAUUGAAGGAAUUGGAUUAUCUGUUGGUAUAAGCAGACCCAGCCCCCCAAGCCCACAGUGGAAGAGAAUUCUUUUGUCCUGCAAGGAUACAUUUCGAGUGCAGCUUGGAAGACUGCUGGUGCAUGCUUUGUCUCCAGCACGCUCUUUCCAAGAAAGAAAGCAAACUCUGGAAAUACUACCUGCAAUAAAUCACCAGGAAAUACUGCGAGACUGUCUGAGUUCAACUUUGCAACACGGGUCAAAGUUGUCGCUCUACUUAUUUGAAUUAAUACAUGAUCACAAGGAGGAGCUGACUGAAGAAGAUCAAUUGUCUGUGGGAGCAUUUAUGAAGACAUUGAAACUUUGCGGUUACAAAUGUGUCCCUGUCAACGUACCACCAAAGCCAGACCUCAUAAAAACCAUGAAAGAGGACCAAAAAAAACAUGAGGCAGAAGAUGAGGUGAACAAAGCUGCAUGGGAGAAGACCAUGGCUAAUAACCGGCAAACUCUUUUUCAGCGCCUGGAUUCAAAAUCAAAAGACAUUUCUAAAAUAGCUGGAGAUAUCACCCAGGCUGUGUGUCUGUCGCAAGGAAUAGAAAGAAAGAAGGUGAUUCAGCACAUCCGAGGAAUGUAUAAAACAGACCUGAGUGCUAGUAGGCAUUGGCAAGAACUUAUUCAGCAGCUUACUCACGAUAGAGCGCUCUGGUAUGACCCUGCCUCCUACCCAACGUCUUGGCAACUGGAUCCAACAGAAGGUCCCAACAGAGAGAGGCGUCGUUUGCAGAGGUGCUACUUAACAAUUCCUAAUAAGUACCUUCUCAAAGACAGACAGAAACCAGAAGAGGUUAUUAAGCUCCCUCUGGAAUAUUUAUUUGAAGACAAAACACAUUCAUCUCAUUCUUCCACUGUAAAAGAUAAAGCAGCCAGUGAGCAUAUAAGAGUUAAUCGAAGAUGCAUCAGUGUGGCACCAUCUAGAGAGACACCGGGUGAAUUGCUACUUGGUAAAUGUGGAAUGUAUUUUGUGGAAGACAAUGCUUCUGAUACAGUUGAGAGCUCAGGUUUUCAUGGGGAAACUGAACCAGCAUCAUUUUCUUGGACAUAUGAAGAAAUCAAAGAAGUUCAUAAGCGUUGGUGGCAGUUAAGAGACAAUGCUGUAGAAAUAUUUUUGACCAAUGGCAGAACAUUACUGUUAGCUUUUGACAACUCAAAGGUGCGUGAUGAUGUGUACCACAACAUCCUAACAAACAAUCUUCCUAAUCUUUUGGAGUACGGCAACAUUACUGCAUUAACUCACCUAUGGUACACAGGACAGAUCACUAACUUUGAAUACCUCACUCAUUUAAACAAGCACGCUGGACGUUCCUUUAAUGAUCUCAUGCAGUAUCCAGUAUUUCCUUUUAUACUUUCCGACUACACUAAUGAAACACUGGACCUACAAGAUCCAACUGUUUAUAGAAAUUUGGUCAAACCAAUAGCUGUACAAUCAAAAGAAAAAGAAGAUCGUUAUGUGGACACUUACAAGUAUUUGGAGGAGGAGUACCGUAAGGGAGCUAGAGAAGAUGACCCCAUGCCACCUGUGCAGCCUUAUCACUAUGGAUCUCAUUAUUCCAAUAGUGGAACAGUACUUCACUUCCUAGUUAGAAUGCCUCCUUUCACAAAGAUGUUUUUAGCUUAUCAAGAUCAGAGUUUUGACAUUCCAGACAGAACCUUUCACUCUACCAACACAACCUGGCGUCUGUCAUCAUAUGAAUCUAUGACUGAUGUAAAAGAGCUCAUCCCAGAGUUUUUCUAUCUUCCUGAGUUUUUGGUCAACAGAGAAGGAUUUGAUUUUGGAGUGCGUCAAAAUGGGGAACGUGUAAAUCAUGUCAAUCUUCCACCAUGGGCUCGAAAUGAUCCCCGGUUGUUUAUCCUGAUUCACCGUCAAGCUUUAGAAUCUGAUCAUGUUUCCCAGACAAUUUGCCAUUGGAUUGAUUUAGUGUUUGGGUAUAAGCAAAAAGGCAAGGCUUCAGUUCAAGCUAUCAAUGUCUUUCAUCCUGCUACAUAUUUUGGAAUGGAUGUGUCUGCUGUCGAAGAUCCAGUUCAAAGAAGAGCUCUAGAGACGAUGAUAAAGACAUACGGACAAACACCUCGCCAGCUGUUCCACACUGGACAUGUCAGUAGACCUGGAUCCAGACUUAUUAUGGAAGGGGAGCUCCCUGCUGCCAUGGGAUUAUUAGUGCAAUUUGCUUUUAGAGAAACAAGGGAACAUACUAGAGAGGUCAUGUAUCCGAGCCCUUUGCCUUGGAUCAAAGGCUUAAAAUGGGGGGAAUACGUAGGCUCCCCCAGCUCCCCAGAUCCUGUUGUCUGCUUCAGCCAGCCACACGGCGAGAGGUUCGGUUCCCUUCAGGCUCUGCCAACUAGAGCUGUUUGUGGUUUGUCCCGCAAGUUCUGCCUUCUUAUGAUCUAUAGCAAAGAGCAAGGUGUUAGAAGCAUGCACAGUACAGAUAUACAGUGGUCAGCCAUUCUGAGCUGGGGUUAUGCCGACAAUAUUUUAAGACUAAAAAGCAAGCAGAGUGAACCACCAGUGAAUUUUAUACAGAGCUCCCAGUUUCAUCAGGUUACAAGUUGUGCUUGGGUCCCAGACAGCUGUCAACUUUUUACUGGCAGCAAAUGUGGGGUCAUCACAGCAUAUAUGAAUAGAUUCACUAGUAGCACACCUUCUGAGAUCGAAAUGGAGUCUCAGGUGCAUCUGUAUGGCCAUACCGCAGAGAUCACGACUUUGUUUGUCUGCAAGCCCUACAGCAUAAUGAUAAGCGUAAGCCAAGAUGGAACCUGCAUUAUAUGGGAUUUGAACAGGCUCUGCUAUGUGCAAAGUCUUGCUGGGCACAAGAGUCCUGUGACAGCUGUGUCUGCCAGUGAAACGACAGGUGACAUUGCGACAGUUUGUGAUUCAGUCGGCGGCGGCAGUGACCUCAGGCUUUGGACCGUGAAUGGGGAUCUUGUGGGGCACGUGCACUGCAGGGAGAUUAUAUGCUCCGUUGCUUUCUCUAACCAGCCUGAAGGAGUCUCCAUCAAUGUGAUUGCUGGAGGGCUAGAAAAUGGAGUUGUAAGGCUGUGGAGCACGUGGGAUUUGAAACCUGUGCGGGAAAUUACAUUUCCUAAAUCAAAUAAACCUAUCGUGAGCCUUACAUUUUCCUGUGAUGGCCACCACCUGUACACAGCAAAUAAUGAAGGAACUGUUAUCGCUUGGUGUCGCAAAGACCAACAGCGCUUGAAGCUCCCUAUGUUCUACUCCUUCCUUAGCAGCUAUGCAGCAGGCUGACGGCACUUCACACUCCUCAGUCUCGAUUACUUUAGAAGCACUUUAAAUCCAGAGUAGAUUAUAGCCCUCUCUGGUUUAACUGGAUUUUGAAAUGCGUUGAACAUCUUACUGACAUGUGAGUAGAUCAGAGAUACAUCAGUGAAAGGCUGCUACGCUCAUGCACCAAAUUUUUCAGCCAUAUCAUGGUUUUAGGGAAUUUCUGAUCCUGCGCCUUUUGGUACCAGCAGAGUGGUAGAUUUGCUUAUCGAGAAGUCUAAAUGCUGCAACGUUAUCAUGUAAAAAUAUUUUUAUGGAUCAUUUCAUGGACCCCCAUAUUCCGAAUCUUGACGCACUAGUGGUGACUUUUGCUCCUUUGUGUUGUACAAAUA